AUGGCAGGUUUACAGAUCACAUGUACACAAAAGCCUGUAGAUACCACGAUAGACAGCGGAGCUCAAGUCCAACAGGUUAUCAAUAUUGAGUGUAUCACUGAGUUUGCCGAGGCUCCCAUUCUAGCUAUCUCUUUCACGUGUAAUGGUAACUCUCAGAGAUUGAAACUAAAGCUUCCAGUAAUGUGUAGCAAAUUUUCGGAACCAGUUGAAAUGGAUUCUGGCACAUUUUUCUCCAGAUGGAAGGCCCUUUCACAGCCUAAUCAAGAAUGUCAGAAAGUUUUUAAGGCCAAAUUUCCAAUAGACACUGAACAGAACAAGACAAAAAUUUUGGGAUUUGGAGUGAGUGUCUUGGAAGGAAUCGACCCUAACCCAGAAAACUAUGUAGCUGCUGGUAUUAUUCACGCCAGGUCAGCCCAGAUUGGCUGUCUCAUCCGAUUAGAACCAAAUAAAGCUGCCCAGAUGUAUAGAUUAACAAUACGUGCCAGCAAGCCGCCAGUACCAAAUAUCCUAGCCGAUUUAUUGGAACAUCAAUUCUAGUGCGCACUCAAGAGAGCAGAACGUGAUAGACAGUGGAUUGUAUAAAGGGAGAUAAUCUGUACAGAAGAGAGAGAAGACCGACAUGACUAGACCGUUGUAAUUAGCUUGUGUCCCGUGUUUGAUACUGUGCUAGAGUAGAGAUAAUAAUAAGGAUCUUCUUUCUCGUGAUGUCUUGUGUAAAGUUUGUAUGAUCAGGAAAAAGUAUCAUGGGUUGUGUGUUUUAACUUUUAAAUUCCUAAAUUAAUACAUUCAAAGCAUUAAAUGUCAGCUUUAGGGGGAAAAAAAUUUUGCAAUUGUAAAUGUCUUAUGUUUGUAAUAUAUGUAUAUUUUUUUUGAUCUUUACAAAUUCCCAUAGACUCUCAACAUAAGUUUAGUUCAUGUAAUGCAUUACAUAUUGCUUGUUGUUGAUUGUUUUGGGCAUUGGAUCCUAGGAUGUGAUAAAAUGUCGUGGGUCUACCACGUUAACUGUUGAUCACUGUCAUAAUAUAGCAUAAACUAUAUAGGGGGGAGAGUAGCCAUGGAAAAUGCAGCAAAGUAUAAAAGGUGGAUACUAGUUAAACAAAGUGCUUCAAUUUUUAUAGAUAACUAUUGCCAUUAUCACAAUGUCCAAGGUAUUAUACAUUCCAUUUAACAUGCAGAUAUUUACCUAAAUUAUUAAGGAAACCUCUUUUUAGGAGAUAUUUGUGUGAAGAGUAUAUGUUUAAAACACUUACGGUGCAUUCUGCUAUGAUGAGCUAUGUUUAUGAGUUCUCCAUGUAGUUUAGUACAGUUUGUCAAAGGUUUAUGAAUAUUCAGAAGUUUGGAUAUGGAGUAUGAGCAUGUUCAUGUACAUGUGUGUGUUGCUGGUUUUUACAAUUAAAAGUUUGACUCUCUUUUUAUGUAAACAAUUUAGAAAUGACAAGUUCUGAAAGAAAAGCAUAAUGAUUGUUGAAGAGUUAUCUUUAUUAAGAAUAAAUUCAAACCAAGUAAAUGUUAUUUUUCAGAAACAUAAUUCCUUUUUAUAGUUGCAGUUUUCUAGAUUUUCUGAAGAAUUUAAGCAAAAAUGUACAAUGUAUUUCCCAUGUAUGAUAAUGAAUACUCAGUGUAUGAAUGGUAAAUUUCACAAUCCAUAACCAACAAUCAUUAAUGAGUAAGUAAUUAGUACAUGAUUAUUGUAGGAUAUUUGUUGUUGGAAUUGUAAUUGAAGGCUUUUUCAUGGUGCAUUGAUUAUCAUAGUUAAUGAAAGAAGAGGAAACCACGUGUACAUACAUACAUGUAAAUAUCCACAUUAAAACCCUUUAUAUUUAGAAAACAUUAUAAAAGGGUGCAUUUAAUGGAUAAUAAAAGGAAGCAUACAAAUAUCAUAAGUAAAGAUAGAACUGGAUGCCAGUGACAAGAAAUCAAGACCAUUGGAUAAAAUUGCAUAAUUAUUAAAACUUUUGAUAUACUGUAAAAGUUCUUUUUUCCAUGUGGUAUUAAUUUACACUAUUUACACGGUCACAAAUUUUCUGCAGAAGCUUGUCCAGGCGUUCUUAAUAUAAAUGUAAGACAUAUAUUGACAAUCUAGGAAAUCCGCGUAAUUUUCUACACACGGAUCAAGCAGAAAUUGAGAUUCCGCGGAAUUAUGACCCCAUGGAAAAAAGUAUGUCUACAGUAAUUAUAUAUCCUGAUCAAAAUAUG